GAAUCAGCUGGAGUAUUUUUCUUUUGUUUUCGUGGCUCCGAUACAAAACGCUGCACUGAGCGUAGUCCUACCCUCCGGCAACGAGUGUUGGCUGUCACGUGAGGAGAGCACGUAAUAGGCAAGUGUUUUUUUUUUUAAUGUUGUCCAAGACGCCCGCUGCGUCGCCGGCCGUGGCUGCGGCGGCUGUGGAAGAAGAGGCGUCGACAGAGCAACUGCCAAAGCGACGUCGCGUUCGCCACCACCGCGUCAAGGCGGCCCGUGAGGCAGACGCGCUGAACACGGGGGCCGCAGCGGCGGAGGAGACGCCCGUAGAUAGUUCAAUGGGGCCUGAGGCAACGUCGGAUGUGUCACAGCACCAGCAACGUACAUGGCCAGAGAAGAGACGCCGUAAUGAGGAAGCGGAGGAAGAGGAGGACGAGGAGGAAGAGGUGCAGGGCAGCAAGAAAGCAAAAGGCGGCAGCAACACUGGCGAAAAGACCUCUUCUAACAAAGAAGGGGACUCGUCUACCGCCGCUGUUGGGUCAUCGUCGUCGUCCCUGAAUCGCAGUACUAGUAGCAGCACCGCAGAGGCCAUGGCGCAACGCAGCAAGGAGCUCGCCAAGUCUAUCCCGGCCGUCACCGACUACAAAGCGCUGCACCUAAACCCGCACAUUGUCUCCGCGUUGGAGCAGGAGUUCCAUUUCAAGGAGCUGACGCCCAUCCAGUCCCGCUGCAUUCCGGCCGCCCUUCAAGGCCGCGAUUUGCUGGCCGAGGCGAAGACCGGCGCUGGCAAGACGCUCGCGUUUCUCAUCCCCAUUGUCGAGAUUGUCUGUCGCGCCGGCUUCCGCCCGAGCAACGGCACGGCUGCCAUCAUCAUCGGCCCCACUCGCGAACUCUGCCUUCAAAUUGAGGGUGUUCUGCUGCGUCUGCUGAAGCACUUCAACGGCUCGCUGACUUUCCUUUGCUGCAUUGGUGGGCAGAGCCGCAACCAGGAGGGCUUUAAGCUCGCCAACGGUGUCAUGAUUGUGGUAGCUUCGCCGGGCCGCCUGCUCGACCACUUGAAGCUCACCACUGACUGGCACACCAAGAACCUGCUGCUGCUUGCGGUGGACGAGGCCGAUCGGGUGCUGGACAACGGUUUUGAGGAGGACAUGCGCGAGAUCGUGUCGCUGCUUCCACGCAAUCGUCAGACAUUUCUGUUCUCCGCUACGCAGACGACGCGCGUGGAGCAGCUGGCCCGCGUUUCCUUCCACAAGACACCCAUCUUUAUUUCCAUGAAGAGCAAGAAGGACAAGGCCACCGUGGACACGCUGGAGCAGGGCUACGUCAUGUGCCCGUGCGAGCAGCGGCUGCUCAUCCUGUACCACUUUGUGAAGAAGAACCUCAAGAAAAAAAUGAUCGUCUUCUUCAGCAGUCGCAACAGCGUCAGCUUUCACUGCGAGCUCUUCAACUACAUCGACGUCCCGUGCAUCGCCUUUCACGGCAAGCAGAAGCAGCAUCAGCGGUCGGCGACGUACAUGCAGUUCUGCAACGCGCCCAGCGGCGUGCUCUUCACGACGGAUGUGGCGGCGCGUGGACUUGACAUUCCCGAGGUGGACUGGAUUGUGCAGUUCGACCCGCCAGAUGAUCCGGUGAAGUACGUCCACCGCGUCGGCCGUACGGCGCGUGCGGGUCGCUGCGGCAAUGCGCUGAUGUUUUUGCUGCCGCAGGAGGAGCUCUUUCUCAAGUACUUGUACGAUGAUGCCAAGGUGAAGGUGAACGAGUACACGUUCGACAUCAGCAAGGUGAAGAGCAACAUUCAGAGCCAGCUGGAGCAGCUGGUGAGCUCCAACUACUACCUGCGCACCUCGGCGCGUCAGGCGUACGAGGGCUACCUCCUCAGCUACAGCAGCUGUCAGCUCAAGAACGUCUUCAACGUGCAGAACCUCGAUCUGGCGGCGGUGGCGCGCGGGUUUGCCUUGAGCGAGCCGCCGCCGAUCAAGAUGGACCUCUCGCAGUCUGCCGCGCACAUGAGCAAGAAGUCGCGUCAUGAAUUUCACAGCAUGCGUAACGUGAAGGAUGGGAAGCGACGCAACGCGAAUGAGAAGGCGCUGAAUAAGCGGCAUCAGAACAUCAGCGGUGAGUGGUAA